AUGGGAUCCCACCCUGACCAUCUGAUCACCAUCCGCACCGUCCCCAGGCUCGCCAUCGGCCAGCGUGCCUUUCUCUGUCGGACCCCUUACGGCAAUGUCCUCUGGGACUGUCUCACCUACCUGGAUGACGAAACCAUUGCGCAAAUUAACAAGUUGGGCGGCAUAGCCGCCAUCGUCAUUUCGCAUCCGCAUUACUACGCGACGAACUUGCAUUGGGCUGACACUUUCAAUUGUCCCGUCUACCUCUCCGCUGAGGACGCAGAGUGGGUGAUGCGCAAGGGUCCUCGACAGGACUUCUGGGAGGGUUCGGAGCUGCGUCUCCCGCUGGGUCCUGGGGACGAUGCGGGUGAUGUAGUGGCGGUGAAAACGGGUGGGCAUUUCCCUGGGAGUUCGGUGUUGUGGUGGAAGUCAUUACGGACGCUGUUAAUUGCCGAUACGAUCUUUGUGGUACCGAGUGGCGUGUAUCAUGUUGGUCGGUUGCCGGGGACGACGUCAUUUUCGUUUAUGUGGUCCUAUCCGAAUAUGAUACCCCUUCCACCGGAUGAGGUGCACAAGAUCUGGAAGGCGAUUGCGCAUACGGAGUUUGACGACACUUAUGGGGCUUUCGAGGGCGGCGAGACUUUUGGCAACAGCAAGAGACGGGUCUUGGACAGUGCUAAGAUUAUUGUCAAGGCCAUGGGCUACCUGGAUCAUGCUAUUCACCAGGAAAGGUGUCUUUGA